AUGUCCACGACAGAUAGCCCAAAGAUGGAGCCUGAAAGAAGCUCCACGGAGUCGACAUCGCCCAAUAUCGACUUAGAAGCGAAAGAAAAUGCGUCUUCAUACCCUCAACCGAAAACUUUGCCACAUGAAAUCGUCUUCGUUAUUGUUGUCUGCGCUGCCCAGUUAAUGACACAAGCUGGUCUAGCUCUUUCGAUUGCACCCUUAGAGGAAAUCAGUUCAAGUUUCAACAGCAGCUCUAGAGAUCUGACGUGGGGCUCAUCGGCAUACAGUUUGACCGUUGGCACUUUCAUCUUGGUAUCAGGAAGACUGGGCGAUGUGUAUGGCCACCGAUUGAUUUUCAUUAUCGGAUUCUUAUGGUUUGCACUUUGGUCGCUGCUAGCCGGCUUUUCUGUAUGGUCGAACCCACGGUUCUUCGAUUGCUGUCGUGCAUUUCAGGGUAUUGGUCCCGCACUGCUGCUUCCUAAUGCCGUGGCAAUACUGGGAAGAACAUACCCACCUGGCCAGCGGAAGGGUAUGGUAUUCUGCAUGUUUGGAGCAGUAGCACCAGGCGGAUUUAUCUUGGGAGCGACAUUUUCGUCUCUGAUUUCCCAGCUUCUGUGGUGGCCCUGGGCAUACUGGAUCUGUGCGAUUGCCUGCUUGAUGUUUGCCCUUCUUGGGUUUCUCGUGAUCCCUUUUAUGCCACAGGAAAAGCCACGCCCCGAACUUUCCACAUUGGCUCGACUGGAUGGACUUGGGGGUGCGCUUGGAGUUUCGGGUCUGAUUCUGAUUAACUUUGCGUGGAACCAAGCCGCAAUUGUUGGAUGGAAUGUUCCAUAUACCUAUGUGCUUUUGAUUGUUGGUCUUGCGAUUGUAGGAAUUUUCCUCUAUGUGGAAGGUAAAGCAGCUCAUCCACUACUGCCUCGCUCAGUAUUCAAAGGUGAGACUGGCUGGGUCCUUGGGUGUAUCUGCGCCGGCUGGUGCUCAUUUGGUAUCGUGGUGUUCUACUACUAUUCUCUGAUGACCAAUAUUGAGGGGAACACUGGACUUCUCGUAACAGCGAAGUGGGCUGGCGCCGCUGUUUCAGGUGCCAUUGCCGCUGUGACGACUGGCCUACUUCUCGGUCGCGUUCCAGCAUGCGUCAUCAUGUUUUUGGCAAUGCUGUUCUUCUCCAUUGGCCAGGCAUUGUUCGCUUCGAUGCCCAUCGGUCAGGUUUAUUGGGCCAAUGCUUUCCUUAUUACUAUCAUCACUCCUUGGGGAAUGGAUAUGUCCUUCCCGUCCGGUAUUUUGAUUCUGAGUAAUGCUAUGCCCCCCGAGGAUCAGGGUGUUGCUGGGUCACUUGUGACUACGGUAGUGAAUUAUUCCAUUUCGAUGGGGCUCGGGUUUGCUGGCACAGUCGAAACCUAUGUGAACGACAACGGGAAAGACAGCCUUGAAGGAUACCGCGGAGCCUCAUAUAUGGGUGUUGGUUUCGCUGGAUUAGGUGUUAUAGUCGCGACUUGCUUCAUGUUUGUGACAUGGAGAGCAUCCAGGAAAAACCUGUGA